GGGGAGGGCGGAGGGAGGAGCCGCCGCCGCCGCCCCCCCCCCCCGCCCCCCCCGCCCCGGGCCAGCCCCGGGGAUGGUGUUGGCCGCGGGAGCCGGGCCCUGACGCCGCGCUCAGGACAAGCAGUGAGGAAACAGAUCUAUAAAGAUUGAAGACAGCAGUAAUGCUAACUCUGGCAAGCAAGUUGAAGCGGGACGAUGGUGUCAGAGGACCCCGUGCAUCCAAUCCAGCUUCUGAUUCAACUCGGAGGGUGUCUGUUCGAGACAAAUUACUUGUUAAAGAGGUUGCAGAACUUGAAGCUAAUUUACCUUGUACGUGUAAAGUGAAUUUUCCCGACCCAAACAAGCUUCAUUACUUUCAGCUAACUGUAAUACCAGAUGAGGGCUAUUACCAAGGUGGAAAGUUUCAGUUUGAAAUUGAAGUUCCUGAUGCCUACAAUAUGGUGCCUCCAAAGGUAAAAUGCUUGACAAGAAUCUGGCAUCCGAACAUUACAGAGACGGGAGAAAUCUGCUUAAGUGCUGUUCCCAGUCUCCUCAGCUGUGCCAAUGUGGAAACAAAAAGCUCUUUAGAAAUACUUUCUACACCAGUUUCUCCACUCAUCCAGUCUAUAGCAUGGCUCCAGAAUGGUUGCGCUGGUGGUACUGGGGUGAUCAGGGAGAUGGGCAGCAGGAGUUUAUUGAGAGAACAUUCAAUUGAUGGCACUGGCUGGGCUCCAACUAGAACAUUAAAGGAUGUUGUCUGGGGGUUAAACUCUUUAUUUACUGAUCUUUUGAAUUUUGACGAUCCUUUGAACAUUGAGGCUGCAGAGCAUCAUUUGCGAGACAAGGAGGACUUUCGGAAUAAAGUUGAAGAUUACAUUAAGCGCUAUGCGAGAUGAUGAAGGGAGAUGGAUGGCAGGACCAUGGCUUCCACACUAGAGUUGUCCUUAACUUCAACAACAACAACAACAACAACAACAAAACCAGCCCGGAUUGUACUAGUCCUGUGUCCAUGUUGUACUGAAGAAGAAAACUAACUUCAUAACUUGUCCAUGUUAAAAGGAGAGUUCAGCAUAAAUACAGCAAGAAAUUGUGUAUGUUGGUUGAAAAAGUUGUUUGCUUACUUUUAAAAAUGUUUACUCUUCUGAACUGUACUGUAUAUCCUGUUGAUGAGAUAUGCUUGAGAAGUUAAAAGAAAUCACUAUUGAAAUUGUAAUUACACUUUUUUUUUAACUCUUGCCUAGUUUGGAGGGGGGAAGGAAAAAAAAAAACCAACCCAAACAGAAAAGGUGGCAUGUUCUUGGAGCAGUUCAAGUUGGCAAUAAAAUGGUCUCCCAUGAACCCAAUCACAAUACUGUUGCCUUUGAGCAGAAACAAUACAAGCUUUUUCCAAGAGUUAUUCAGCUAAGGCUUAGAGCUUGCCAGAAUGCAAAUGCUAAAUGAAAUUCUACUUCUGGUAUUGAAAUUCUUGAUUAUAUUUAAUGUAAGUAUGUUUUUGUCACAUGUUUGGAAUUUUUACGUUGUUAUUUUCAGCUCCUGUUUGGGCUACAGUAUUUUUUUGUUUCUAUUUGUUAUGUGAAGUAGUUAAAAGAAACACAGGCUAAUCCGUAACUUAAGUAAAUGUGUAGUAUUAGUAAAAUUAUAUAUAUAUAUAUUAUAUAUAUUAUAUAUUUCUGUGAAAAUUUAAUGAAAGGGAGAUUUUUUUUAAAGAAAUUUGCCUUUGGCUUUCCGAUCUGGAUGUGGUGAGGGAUCAUCAGAUGCUGUUCAAUCUGACGAAAGUAAAUUCAAGCACUGUUGCCUGGAGAACACCUAAUUGUGUUCAUCAAAGUUCUGCACUGAAAGUGAAUGACUAAUAAGGCAGGUGAGAAUGAGAACACACUGCACCCUCUUUUAAAAACUCGUGUGCGCCUGGCUUUUUUGGUAAUUUGAAAGGAUAUGAUGCUAUAAUUGCCUUUUCUGUAAGUAGCUGUAUAUCAAAUACAUAGUAUGUGCAAGCAGAGAUCCUUCAGAAGACAGUAGCAUGUACCUCAGGAAUCACUUCAGAGUAAAUGCCGUGAGAAGUCUGCUGCCUGUUGUGUGCCAGAGCUCCCCACUGCUCACCCGCUGAGCCGGGGCAUUGGCGUAGCCUCAGAGACCGAAACGUUUGCAUUUGGCUUGUGGGGUAAUGCAGAGGAGGUGCCAUGGAACUGAUUCAAGCUUUUAUAAAUAGAUAAACCAUAGAAAUAAAUGUUCGUGUGGUUUCAUACGGA